UUAGCAGCAUGGACGACCGCGCGUUGGCUUGAACGUCGCCGCAACGUUUGUGUAUGUGCUCGCGAAAAGUGCGUCUUUUGCAUUUUACGCGACGUGUGGCGAUCCAAAUCGCUCCUUUUCACCCCCGAUCAUAUUCUCCCUCAGUCUAGAAGCAGCAGUUUGCGUGAAUAAGCUCGCCGUUCGCCCAUAUUCGGUACCUUCCGUGACGCUGCCGGGCGCUUGAGCCGCAGAGAUGUCUCUAGCGGACGAACUGUUGGCCGAUUUGGAAGACGCCGGAGACCUCGAGGAAGACCAGCUGUACCAGCAGGACACGCACAUUCAGGAGGUCGAAGAUGUCAUACCGCUCGAGAUCGACACGAAGGUCAAAUCGGUGCGUGCGAUCGCCAAGCUUCGGGACUCCGAAGAGCUGGCCCGCGUUAUGAGCGAAAUCAAACAGAAAGUGUUGCAGGCCCGCAAGGAAGAAGUGACCGGCCCCGUUGAAGCAGACCCGGAAUACCAGCUCAUCGUCGAAGCCAACAACCUGGCUGUCGAGAUUGACAACGAAAUAAACAUCAUUCACAAGUUUACCCGGGACAACUACCAGAAGCGAUUCCCCGAGCUGGAGUCGCUUGUCCCAGGAGCCCUGGAUUAUGUCCUGACCGUAAAGGAACUUGGCAACAGCUUGGAAAAGGCCAAGAACAAUGAAGUGCUGCAGAGUUUUCUGACACCUGCCACCAUCAUGGUCGUCAGCGUCACAGCAUCGACGACACAGGGGCAACUACUUUCGCAAGAGGAGUUGACCACCAUCUUUGAGGCGUGUGACAUGGCUCUCGAGCUGAACGACUUCAAGUUGGAGAUCUACUCGUAUGUCGAGUCACGGAUGUCGUUCAUUGCACCCAACCUCUCUCAAAUUGUCGGAGCGUCGGUUGCAGCGAAACUGAUGGGUGUAGCCGGUGGCCUGACCAACUUAUCCAAGAUGCCCGCCUGCAAUGUGCUCGUGCUCGGCUCCCAGAAGCGCACGCUGUCUGGCUUCUCCUCCACGGCAGUCAUGCCGCACACGGGCUUUGUCUACUACACGGACAUUGUACAGAACACACCGGCGGACCUGCGACGCAAGGCCUCCCGGCUGCUGGCAGCCAAGUGUGUGCUGGCGGCGCGCGUGGACAGCUUCCACGAGUCCCCGGACGGCACGGUGGGUGUGUCCCUCCGGGAGGAGGUGGAACGCAAGCUGGACAAGCUUCAGGAGCCGCCGCCCGUCAAGCAGGUCAAGCCGCUGCCCCCGCCCAUCGACCAGAACCGCAAGAAGCGCGGAGGACGCAGGGUACGGCGAAUGAAGGAGCGAUUUGCUGUGACUGAACUUCGCAAGCAAGCCAACCGAAUGAGUUUCGGAGAGAUUGAAGAGGACGCCUACCAGGAAGAUCUUGGCUUCAGCUCAGGGCAGAUUGGCAAAGCCGGCGCCGGCCGGAUCAGGUCGGCCCAAGUGGAUGAGAAGACCAAAGUCCGAAUUUCCAAAACACUCCAGAAAAACCUCCAGCGGCAGCAAGUGUAUGGUGGCAGCACAACAGUCCGAAGACAUGUGUCCGGUACGGCUUCGAGCGUCGCGUUCACACCACUUCAGGGUCUGGAGAUCGUAAACCCCCACGCGGCUGAAGCGAAGGCCAGCGACAGCGGCGCAAAGUAUUUCUCCAACACAGCGGGCUUCCUCAAGAUUGCCAAGCAGUGAACAGCAGCGCUUCUCCCAUCUUCACCCUAAGUUGUACAUACAGGUGUCAAAUAAAGUUCGAUUGCUCAGCAAACACAUAAAA